AUGUCCUCUUCCACCUCGCACUCCAGGGCCUCCUCACCACCCACCAACGAAGGCCACGGUGGCGGAGAGAGCGGAGACAGGGUUGGAGGCGCACGUGGCGACUCCUCGGACGGGGGCUUCUGGGACUCCGCGGCCUGGGGCUGCACGAAGUCCGCCACGACCUCCACAACAGCGGGGGGCGAGAAGACCGUGGCACCGCACGUGCAGGUCCAAGGCGUCCCUUGUACAGGAACGGGCGAUAGGGCAUCCGAAUGCAGCAGCGGUGGCGGCGGCCUCGGGGCAGCGGGAUCGGACCCGCGGUCCUGCUGCCCGAGGCGCUCCCCCGCUGCCGCCCACGCCAGCUCGGCCUCCGAGGCGCGGCAGAACCCGCGAGGAGGAACGCGCCGCGCGUGGAGAGCAACGUUGCGCCGCCGGCGCGCCUUGCCAGGGACGCGCCGCUGGGCGACUGCUGCGACCAGCGCGGCCUGCUCCCUGUCCUGCAAAGAACCAGGCGCGGCGGCCCCCGCGUGCGACCGCAGCCAAGCCUCACAAGUAUCGCGGCGUCUGCGGUGGGCGAGGCGCCUCGCCGCAGAGGCGCCGAAGGCAGCGGUGUCCGCCGCGCGUGUCGAAGUGGGCCUCCGCUAA